AUGAUUUCGGUAAUGGACAUUUUUUCCUGGAAGUUUUUUGCCGGUCUUAUCCUGGCAUUAUCUCCCAUUAUCAGUUAUGGAGACACAGUCUGGACAAUCUACCGGACCAAACAAUGCGUGGGGUUUAGUUUGGAUCUAACGGCCAUCAUGCUGAUAUCCUCUAUUCUUCGCAUUUUCUUUUACUUUGGCGAGCCCUACGAACUCAGUUUGCUCAUGCAAUCCAUCAUUAUGAUUGUCGUCCAAGCUUAUUUGCUUCAUCUGGCCCUCAAGUACCGGGUUUUAUCUGGAGCCCCCAACGGGUCGGUUGACGAGGAGGACCCCCUUUCCGAAGAACCUGCUAGUACUCACACUCUUGGAGGGACACACAAUCAUAAUAACCAUCAUCAGCAAGACUCUGGUAACAGCCCAUCAACUUCAAAGGUCCCCAGCAACAAGGACAGUGGACCUUUAUUAGACAGCGAUCCAGGCGAUAUUGGUCUCUCUUCGCGACGAAAAAGUAUAUCAGACGUGGUGCACAAUACACGACCCAGUAGAAGUGGUAGGGUUAUCGAUUCUAUGGAGGAAUCUCCGAGCCCGACUGAUUGGGAUCCGCAUUCCAACUACCCCAAGAACCAUGGCAGAAUAAAGCAGCACGCGCACCUGUUUUUGGAAUACCGCGUCAAAUACCCACUUUACAAAAUCUACUACAAAGUCAAAGACAUUUUUAUUUCGUUUUUUACAAACAAAAGCGGUGAAAAUGCAGGGAUUUUUGGAAGCGCUUAUCCAACUUAUGGCAUGAGCACGCGUCCAUUUGGGUUUUGGCAAUGGAUCGACCCCGAGGCCUAUUGGGUUUGGCUAAUUAAGUUCAACAUACUUCUCACGGUUCUGCAUUUUCUUAUUGGAAGUUGGUCCAUGUUUUAUAUCCAAACACUUGGUUUUGUGGGUCUUAUGCUGGAAGCCAUUCUCCCUCUGCCACAGCUCAUUGUCAAUGCUCAGCGACACUCAGUUCAGGGAUUCAGAUUAUCUCUGCUUCUUAACUGGCUUGCCGGCGAUGCAUCUAAAAUCUUUUACUAUCUAUACGGUACAUCAGACCCAGAAAAACUUGCAUUUCAGUUUAUGAUGUGUGUUGUGAUUCAAACUAUUCUCGAUCUCAUUGGUGGCUGGCAGUACGUUUACUACAACUAUAUUUUUAAAGCUCCCAAGUCUUCAACGUACCGCAUGCCUCAAGCCUCUUCGUCCCGACCAACUUCCAUUAUUCUCAAUGGUCCCAACCCUGUUUUACCAAUCCCUCGUGAUAGUAUAGAGCUCGAUGUAGUACCAUUCCCCGACUACGCCCCUCGAAACACCUCACAGCAGCAAACUCCAAACACAAAGGGUAAGACUGCAGGUGAGCCUUUGCUAUUAUCUUCAGAUGCAUAUGAGGCAACUGCAGUUUUGCCUAUUCCGUUGAUUGACAGCAACAGCAUGAGUCCACAUAUGAGUGCCCACAGUGACAGCGAUUUAUUGCCGGAGCCGCAUUUUGGACCCAGUGGGCACCAUCAUCAUCGUCAUCACUACACGUUUGAUGCCGAAGAUGAGAGUUCGCCGCUAUCAGACCCAACAGUGACAUCUGCAACAACAUCAACACUUCAUGUGUCUGAUACCUCAAAGGAUAUUGACUCAAUUACACUACUUGAUGACAUUGAAAGUGGCGAUAUUGCGAGUCUGUCGGCACAGGACUUAUUGAAUCGAUCGCCUAAGGUUUACGUGCCUAACUCGUCAGGCACGCUUCUUGCAACUAAAACAAGACAGCGUGCACAAAGUAUGUCUUCGCAACCUGACCCAGACUUGUACUACAGUUGA